UGUGUGUUGACUGACUGGUCGUGAUCUCAAUCGGCUCUCAGAUAGCGCGGCUCCUUUCAGCGCGGGCAGCUGAGGCUCUGUGUGUGGGAGGGACUAACAGAGAGCUCCCCUCAGUGCAGCCUGCCGCCACAGCAUCGAGCAGAGAGAGAAUAUAUUCAAAGCAUAUUCACAGAUAAGGCUUUCUGUUUUAAUCUGUCCCCGUUGCGUGACCUCACCCACUGAAGUGUCUAUGAAGAGGAGAAGGCGGAAGCGAUGCUGAAGUAGCGCGGGAUGCUGUGGGGGCAAAACAUCGUGGGAGGAAGGCUCAGAGCGAACCAGCGGGUGGUGAAACACGAAUGGCUUCUCCGGAGCUGCUUCCUGCAGAUGAGAGAGGCAAACAGCCCGAUCCUGCCGACGUCCUUGACCGGAUUUCCAGCGCGCUGCAUGCCCGCAAGUCGGGCGGAUCAACAGGAGGAGCGCUCCCAGGGGAGAGCGGCUGUAACCCGGCCCGCAGUUGCCAUGGCCGGUGUCAUUCAGCAACACCAAGGACGGCGCCGCGCAAGGGAGGCGCGGAGGUUAAACUCGGUCACCUCGGCGAGGAGAAAGUCCGGGUUUGUUGCGACGAGGAAUUAGAGACAUCUUUCACCUAUAUUGAUGAGAAUGUUAACCUGCGACUGGCUAGUCCGGAGACUAGUUGUAAAAGUACUCACAGACCCGUGCGCAACGGCGAGCCUUGUUCUGAGACUUUCCCGGAGCUUUCCUUCAUGUCCGAGGAUGAUCUCUCCUUCGGGGAGGGCCCCGGGACUUCUAUAGACUACGGGUUUAUCAGUGCAGUCACGUUCUUAGUGACCGGGAUCUCCUUGGUGAUCAUCUCCUACGCCGUGCCUCGGGAUGUGGUGGUGGACCGUGACAGCGUGUCGGCGAGGGAGAUGGAGAGGCUGGAGAUGGAGAGCGCCCGGAUAGGUGCCCACCUGGAUCGGUGCGUCAUAGCGGGACUGUGCCUGCUCACGCUGGGCGGCGUGGUGCUCUCCACGCUGCUCAUGAUCUCCAUGUGGAAGGGGGAGAUGUACAGGCGAAAGGUCAUCGCUUAUUCCAAGCGAUCAGCCAAACUGUAUGGCUCCAUCAGCCUGAAAACCAGAUCCAGCCCCAGCCACUCUUCUGCGCACUUGUCCCUGGAAGAGGAAAUAGAGGAAACUUUGGCUUAAAUUGCUGCUCUGUGUGCAAACCUUUUGUGUAUAACUGAGGAAUUAAUGCCAUUCACACACAUUCUCUAACAUACUGUAGCCUAAAACUGUAUUCAUACAUUCAAAGUGUAAGUCUGCAACAUUUUGUCAUAUACUGUAGAAAUAGCUUGAAUACUGUAUAUCCAAACAGAAGGGACAAGAAAAGCACUCGAAUGCAAAGUGAGGAAUUGCCAGAAAAAGAAAAACGUUAUGUGGUAUCAAAUGGCUCCCAAAUGAUAAAGGCACUAAACCAUAAAAGUGAUGAGGGAGAAUGUUAAGAGCUUUGUGUCACAAACACUGGAUCACAUUUUUCUGUACCCAGGAUGCAAUCUCUGAGAGCUUCCAUUUAUUAUUAAGGCUAUUCAUAUUUAAUGCGAAAUUGUGCACGGACGUAUUUCAGGAAGUAAGGGAAGUGUGUGUCCGCAGGGCAGGAGAGUGGGAGUAAAGGGGGAGAUGUAAAGCUGUCCCUGUCCACUUUGAUGUGGGAGAGUCAGCUCAGUGGUCCACAUGGUAAUAUCCAGUGACAGUCACUCUGGUGCAGUGCUGAGGUAAGCCAGUAAGCCCGGCUUCGUGCAUCUGAGCCAAAGCUCCACGUCAGUUUGAUUGUACUGUGCAAUUUGACUGCAUUCGACAGCGCUGACACACACUGUUCACCCUCCUCUGCACUGGCUUGAUCCUCUCUGCUCUUCUUCUCCUCCUCCUUCCUUCACCUUCUCUCUCCUGGAGGAGACUUUCUUUUCCCCUUACGGUUUUUCCGGUGCUCUCCUCACCCUAUGAACACUGUAUAUUCACAUUAAAAGGGUCCUGGAUGACCACAGCCAAGUGCCUGUGACAUUUCAUGGUUGAUGAGCCUCUUCCUCACCUGCCUCCUUUCAUUCUCUUUUUCUCUCUACGUGAGGACGGAGUUAAGAACGCCUAAUCACACAUGAAAGAGUUGCCCUACUUCCAAAACCUUAAGCCUUCACUACUUCAAAGUGCUAAUUACAUUUCCAAAGUGAGGUAUCAGUCUUUUUAAAAGGUUAUAUUUGAUGUUAUCAUGGUGAUUUGCUGACUAAAUUAUUGCUGAUUACACAGAAAGCUUAAGGAAAGAGGUUUAUCGUGUGCAGACUUGCUAAAAAUGUUAAUGCCACAGUGUCCAGGCAAGUCAGAAACCAACUUUCUUUUCUCGGUGGGGGAAGCUUUAAGUUUCUGUCUUUGCUAAGUCCGUGUGAAAGCAACCUCCUCUUUCUCCCUGGAGGUUAUUAAUGCUGUCUGAAGAGGCCUGCAGAAAAGAAUAAAGAAUGAAAUAGUAUUGAAAAACAUUUUUCGUGUAGGCUACCCUGUAAGGCUUAUAAAUCAUGCAUGAACCGCUGGAAUUCGUUCAUAUAUUUGCAUAUAUUCAUAUACAAAGCUAAACGCUGCAUUCCGCAAGACAAGUGCUAAUGAUUCUUAUGCAGUGUCACUCUUACCUUGGUUCGCUUUCCUUUCUUUUUUUGAGCUGUGUGACCCUAUUUCAAGGCGUACAUUCAGAACGACAUGAGUCAGUCUCUGUUAAUGAGAUGCGUAGGCUGAUUACUCUAUGGUAAACAGCUCGAGGCCACACCGUAGCUGUGCUUUCAUUCAGUUGCAUUACCUCUACUGUCACAGCAUAUCUAUGUAUUCUAUGUGCCAGUCAGUGCAGAUGAAGCAGUGUGUUUCAAAUGAAAAGACCGGAUCACUGGAGUCUAAUGAGUUAUUCAGCCAGCAUUGUCAUUAGAAAUCAUCAGUGGCAGCAAUGAACUAAUACAAGUUUGUGUCACUGCAGCUUUUCAUCUUCUGAGUCUGUGACCACAGAGCUGACAAGUGUGUGUGCAUCCCUGAAAAGCAACCGUUACGUCCUGAAAUGGCAAUGAAAUGCCAAAUGAAGAGAUUUCCAGGAAAGGUAAUAAAGUUAAUGAUCCAUAUGAGGCAGUGUUGUCUGUUCUCUUCACAGAAGCUGUAAAUCCACAACCAUUAUUACAGAUGUUAAAGCCAUACCUCAUUUAGCGAGCUUUCCUGGUGUUGUUGGCCGUGGAAACGCGGUGCGACACCCAUGUGCUGGACAUUUCUCACUGCUUCCUUUUUCCUUUCCCUCUCACCAAUAAAUUCAUGUAAAAUUAAACUUGUUCACUGCUCAGAGGGCAGCCAACAACAAUGCUGCCAAUGCCAAAUAUUCCAUAGGAUAAUACUGAGGAAUUAAUUCAAACUCCAGCAAUAUAAUGGCAACAUUACAGAUGCAGUGCAUCAGUGCUUUUCAUUGAGCGUCAGAGUCAUAUUCAGAGGAGGCAUCAUCUGUGAGAAUGCCACUCUUGUGACACACAGAGGAUCAUAAAUGCCCGAGGGAAGCCUUUAACAUUGAAGACUUCAAACAGACUCAUCUGCAGCAUGUAAUGCACUACACUAGAUUUUCAAACAUACACUUUCCUCCCCCCUCUCUCUGUCUUUCUGUCCUCCUCCGUGGUUGGCACCGUGCCUCACAACCAACACCAGGCUUCCCCUCAUACAGCCAACUAAACGUGUUUGGGGGAUUUAAUCAGGGAUUUGCUUGAAGCGACAGCAUUUUACAUGCCAAGCUCAAGUGUAUUUCCAGAGGUCUCAUGCAUAAGCUCUUUAUCCUUGAGCAGUGCACAGCUAAAUCACCCUUAUUGAUAUUUGGUUGGUUCCUCUGUAAGUCGAUCCCUUCAGGUAAGG